GCAGCAUUGUACAGCUCACGGAACAGUCUGCGAUCUGAUUGUCAAAGCGACUAGUGCUACGCCAUUUCGGCUGCUGAUAAAUAUCACGGUUUCGUUGAUUCUCUUCGUAAACAGCCGUGAAUAUCGCCAACAUUCCUCAAUGUUUCUGUUGAAAAGCUGUCUCUCACUGUAAAGUGCAUCAAAGACUGACGAGAUUAUAUGUUGCUGUGUUCAACAUCUGGAGGGAUUUUAUCUCCACUCCAAGCCGAGGUAUCUACUGUCUGUGGCUGCAGUUGCAGUUGCAGAAAACUUCGCAAUCCUUUCAGCAUUAAGAUAUCUCCUGCAAACAUGGGUACCGUCUUGUCGAUCUCACCAAAGCCUCAUCGGGGCGAUUAUGGCGGCUAUUCGGACACUACUACGCUCAGUGUAGGAAACUUAAAUGAACUGUACCUCAACAACAGCAAGAAUGUAGCCAGCACCAAGGAAAAUAUACAUCUGGUUGGUGAGCGGCCGAUGCGAAAGCACAAUUCCGCCCUUUUUAUUAGUGCUCUGGGGCUGAAGAUGUUCAGCGUCUCCAAGAAGAAAACAAGCAGCACUGGAGUAAGUACAACUUCUUUGGACACUAACUUUAACAGCAGUAAACAAUCCCUGACAGGAUCAGAUAAAGCGAAUAACAACGUGCUCAAACCGAAGAAUCACUCUAAUCAAAACACGAACAAUGCUGUGUACAGGCAGUAUCCUGAUAGCGUGGCCAUCCUCACACCUCAGAAAAAGGACUCAAAAAUGUUGGAUUCGAGCAUCAAGAAGUCGUUUUCAUGUUUCAAUCUUAAUUCGCACUGUCCAUCGAACGCCCAGAAUGGCCACCACCAAUCACACAAGCAACACAAAAUCAGCAACGUCUCUGGAUCCACAGUGACGACAACGUCAACAAAUGGACUGAACGGCUUCCGAAAGGUGUCUAGCCAUGGGCUGCGAUCUUCAUCCGGUGUUCAAACCAACCCUAAGAAGAUCCUGCAGUGCUCAACCAGUGAGCUGCUGAAAUGUCUUGGAAACUUCCUCUGCAGGCGAUGUCCCUAUCUGAAGAGCUUUGAUGCCAAUGAUGCUAUAAUGUGGCUGAGGGCUGUUGACCGAUCCCUUCUCAUCCAGGGCUGGCAGGACAUCAACUUUCUCAACCCCGCCAACGUCGUCUUCGUUUACAUGCUCGUGCGUGACCUCCUCAGUGGUGAUGCAGUGGUCAAGAAUGAGUCCGAACUCCAAGCCAUGGUCCUGACCUGCCUCUACCUUUCCUACAGCUACAUGGGCAAUGAGAUUAGCUAUCCCCUCAAACCAUUCCUGGUCGAAGAGGACAAGGACAGGUUCUGGUCCAGGUGUAUCAAAAUCAUCAACAGCUGUAGCUCAAAGAUGCUGAGAAUAAACCAGAAUUCCAACUACUUCACGGACGUUCUAGCGGACCUUAAAUCUUUUGCAAGAAGUUGAAUAACUGUUUCGAUGGUUAUGGGAUUGUGCAUUUUUCAUAAACAGUAGAAGGCCAGUUGAAAAACUGGUCUUCAUUUUAUAACCAUAUUGAGAAUCUAACUUAUAAGGGAGCCACACCUUUUAACUGUGGAACAAGAUUAUAUAUAUACUUGAUUCGUUCUGAAGAAUCUUAAUAUAAUUAUGUAUUGCUCAGUCAGUCACCGCGUUACCUGAUGAAAUGUUUAAAAGGUUUUAUAUCUGUAUAUCGUGCUGAAUACUUGAUUGUACUAUGUAUAUAUCUGAGAUGAUUUUACUUGUUCAAGAAACUAUAUGUGUGUCAUGCUAGUCCACAAAGAAGGCAUAUUUAUCAUUUGUUUUGCUGCACUUGUAAACAGGAGAUACUGUACAGUAGAUAAGAAGUAUGUUUGGGUGUGGGUUAACGAGAUGGUAUGCCGAAUAUUGAUAUCAUACAUGCGAUAUGGCUGUCUUUCAGCGAGGCGCGUGGCUGCCUAGGGGGAAAGCGAAAAGAAAAAAAAAACAGCUCCGCCUGAAGAUGGAUAAGCAGACAGCCAGCAAUCUUUUGGUAGAAUAUCAAAUACCGUUCUGUUUCACUCUCUCCUUCCCCCUCUCUCACUCUAUAUCUUCCUUUGAUUUGGAGAAGACUGGCUGUUUUUCAUCGCUUGCCUCGCUUUCACUCCGCAGGCCUCGAUCGGCAUAACAUCUCGUGUAACCCAAUAACACUGCCUCUUGCUCUGUUCUUAUUGCAUGACAUGGGCCGUCACAUAAGCAGAAUGAAGGCAUAGAGCGGCCUCCGUUCACAACCAAAUGGCAUUUCCAUUAAGAUUGCUUAGCUGGAAUGUAGAGCAGCUAUAGAGGCAUAGGCGGUUAUUUUGCAAAAGGGUUUUUGUGGGGAAAGAACAUGUACUUAACGAUCGAUGCAUAAGCGGAAUCUAUAAAACAAGAUUAAGAAAUCAAUGCAUUCCUUACUGAGUUGUAAACCAACUGCAAUGUCGUGUGAUAUAUUGUUCGAAUGUGAUCAUUUUUUAUUAUAUUAAUUUGACUUUUGCUUUUUUUUUUACACCAAAGAACAACGAAAUAUUUUUGUAAUGAUUUGCAGUUGCCAUUUGUAACUUUUGUGCGAUUUUAUUUUCACUCGUGUAAGUUAUAUUCGUUAUUAAUCCUCGUUCUUGUGGAAUCCCUUGGUUUCAUUUGUAUAUCAUUUAUAUGAUUUGUUACUCACGAAAGGGAAGCAUUUUCUGUUUAACAUUUUAGAAGAUAAGCCCGUUUUUGCUCUUCUUAUAACCGUACCCUAGGAAAGAUGAUGCAUAUAUCAUUUCUCCUAAAUUCAUAUUGUAGACGGCGGAUUACUAUUGUAAAAGGUCACAAACACAUAAGGUCAAUCUGUAUAACUGUGCAAUAUUCAUGACUGAUUGUAUAUCUUUCAUCUAAAUAGACAAAGAUUGCAAUUAAUUUAUCAAAAUGUUCUUUGCUGCUGGCCCUGCUGCUUUGUUGGAACUUUUCAAAAAAACAGUGAAACGGUUUGAGUAAUAGUUGAGAGUUUAAAACACAAAUGAUAUUUAUUUAUCUCCUUCUUGGAGGAAGAAAAUCGAAUGAUUUGGUUUUGUUUAUACAUUUUCUUGCCAUAGAUUACGGGUUUUACCAUUCGGAUAUCUUUUAUUUCUGAUAAAUUAUAUAGUGUAGUAUUUAUUCAUUAUGCACAAAACAGUGGCGACGUGUAAUGGCUAUGCAGGCGAACGCUGUGUUGUGUGGGCUUGUAGGGCGAGUACGAGCGAAGCUCAUUAACAUUAUUAUUGACUCGCUCUCGCCGGCGCUCCAUCUUACACGCACGGCAGAGCUCGCAUCCAUUUAACGGGCCCGUUACUAUAGCAACGGGUUUGCAUCACCACGUAAUCUCAUUACUUGGGGGUCUGUGUAAUACUAAUGAAGGGUUGAUUGUUGAAUUAAGACUGCCGACUGAUGAAUGCAGUAUCGUUAAUAUAUAGCAAACUGUAUGGCUCCUACAAAGCGCACUGCAAUGUGCGUGGCUUCUGGUUGAAUGAAAUAUUGCAUUUACAGUUCUUUUCAUCGUCGAGUAAUUGACGGUUUUCUUCCUCUGGAGUAAAUAUAUGAUUAUGAAACUUAAUAAUUUAGUAAAACCUUCAACAAGACAUAAUAUGUAAGUCAACUCCCAUGCAGAUAGAUCAUUUUUUGCAACAAAAAAUACGAAUCAAGAUUCACUUAACAAACCGUAGACAAACACAGGCUACGCAGUUUUAACAACACAAUGGUCAUUACAGUUCUUCUUUGUGAAUGAAAUUGAAAAUGAAAAUUUGAUUAUGGACACAACUGACUGUGAUUCAAAUGCAUUGCCAUUGUUCAUCUCUUGCCAAAGAUCCUGUGACAUAGAGAGCAUACACGCUGUGUUAUUGUAAAAAAGUCUAGCUUUUUGGCUGACUUCAUCAGGAAAUGAAACAGUCGUUGUUAGUGUCAACACCGGAAUCUAGGUCCGGAAAAUCACGCGACCUGGCCAGUCAAACUAUCUCAACCGAGGACUGUGUAUUGUUGUGAAGAACUGAUCAGCCCGUAUACAUGACAUCAAUCAUAGUGAAAGCCGAUAGUUUUAAUCAGAUACUUAACGUUAAAAGGGUAAUAUGAGACAUGCAUAUCAGUAUUUCGCGCUAGGAUUCCAGAUGAAAAAUGAAACAGAAAAUGUUCAUAUAACUAGUAAACUUGAUAAAAAUUAACCUUGUGUUCCAGUACUGUUUUAGACAACAGAUAUCUUGUACUAUACCCCUAUCAUUGUACUGUUGACUCUAUGAUUGAACGCAAUGUUCUAGGCACAACAUUAUAUAUACCAAGUUGAUGUUGUUGUGGAUGCGUUUAUAAUUGGCUUCAAGAUAACGCUGUCUUGUUAUCCCAUUUCUUAACUUUUAAACGUUUUGUGUCAUAGUACUGCAAAUCCUUCGUGUACUAUUCACUGUCUAUGGUCAUAUUUACUUCUUACAUGUCGUGUCAACUGCUUCACAAUUGUAUCUUCACAAUUGGUUAAACAGAUCUUUAUGGAUGUGUGUGAUGUAAGAACAGAAGAAAACAACAAAAACAAAUAAAAAAUAAAUAAAUAAUUGCCCUAUUGUUAGGGCGUGAAACUAUUCCAGA